AUGCCGGGAAGGUGGUCCUUGUUGGGGGCCGGGCGUGGGGGGGGACGCGGCAUCGGAGCCGGGAUCGUGCGAGCCUUCGGGGAGGGGGUCUCCGGGAGAGGAGCCACCAGCCCGCCCUUAGACCCCCCUCCGCAGUGGCCUGAGGAGACCUCCGCCCAGGGCUUCUGGCCGCUGCUGGAGCUGAACCUGCUGGGGACAUAGCCUUUACCAAGUGAGUCGCGUGGCUAUCUGAGGAGAAGCAAGGGGUGUAUCAUCAACAUCUCCAGCCUGGUGGGGGCAAUUGGCUAGUCCCAGGCAGUUCUCUAUGUGGCCACCACGGUAGGCCAUCAGGGUACCCUGCUGUUUCCUUCCCUCCCUAGGGGGAGGGCGGGACCGCCCCAUGCGGAUGGCCCUGCUGGACCCCAUGGUUGGGCGGAGCCUCAUAUUCCCUGGACAGAGCUUUCCUGGGCCCUGCCUUCUGCCCGGGGCACUAAUAGCUUUGAUCAAGGCCUUGCCCUGGGUGGGAGUCAACUGGUGAGCUCCCGUGGACUGAGAGCCUGGGGAGGGGGGGGGCGCUGGGAAGAUGCAGUGAGCCCGACAAGCAGUGUCUGCGGCAGACCCACCUGCUUCUCUCCUCCCUUCCCCAGUGUCUCCCCAGGAAACAUCUGGACCCCACUGUGGGAGGCGCUGGCAGCCCCAACACCUGACCCGGCGCAAUGGCCCAGGUGGGCGUGGGCGCCAGGGCCAGGUGGUGUGGUGCGUGGGCGCCAGGUGAGGGCUCCUCAUGACCUCCUUUCCACCCUCCUCUCUCCCCAGCCCCUGGCGGCGGAGGCGGGGGCUGAAGGCAGCUUCUGCACCGGUCUGGUGAUCCGGGGUGCAGCGCUGGGGUGCGGGUGCCAGGCCAGGCGGGGCUCCCCCGUGGAGGCCCCUGCCAUCCCUUCCUGAUCUGCCACAUUUGCGCGUGGGCUUCCCUGCCGAGGACUCUCCCUCUCCGAACUCCGUCUCCCACGUUCAGGUUGCUGCGCGCUGCCUCUGGGGUGCCACCCCCAACUCCACCCACGUGCCAAUCCACACCCCACAGGUCCCCACAAAAGCAACGGGCAGCCAGAAGGAGGGGGGGGGCAUCGUUGCAUUUAUUUUCCGCCCUUUUUGAGUCCUGCCACACCGUCCCCUCACCUCCCCCCUACCCCAGCCCUGGAGCAGCCUGGACCCCAGGGACUGCAACUCCCAGCAGACCUUGCGGCAGGAGCCUCUCGCCCGGGGCUCCAGGGAGAAGUUGCAGGGCGGUUUCACCGGUGCCCCAGUUAAGAGGUCCGCAGGGGGCAGGAAAUUAAGUUCUAAUUAGGAGAUCAUGCGGGAGGGGAGCCAACGGCCUCCCCUUUGUUCUAGGCCCUAAGGGGAAAGGGGUUUGGACCUCGCUGCCCCGCGGAGCAGGAAGAUCUGCGGGGAGAGGAGGCUGGGGGUUGAGACUCCUGGUUUGGGAGGAGAGAAAACGGGCGGGUAGGAAACUGGGGCU